AUGGGUCGGUGGUACCAAUACGAGUUAGCAGGUUUACUAGGCUACCAGGAGGAAGGAUUGACAAAAAAGAAUGGAAAAUUGGUAUUUCUUGGAUUGGAUAAUGCAGGUAAAACAACUUUAUUGCAUAUGUUAAAAGAUGAUCGCAUGGCGCAACAUGUUCCAACUCUUCAUCCAACAUCGGAAGAGUUAUCUCUUGGAGGGAUUCGUUUCACAACUUUUGACCUUGGUGGGCAUGAACAAGCGAGACGCGUAUGGAAAGACUAUUUUCCAGCAGUUGAUGCUAUUGUUUUUCUUGUUGAUUGUGCUGAUGUGGUAAGAAUCGAUGAAAGUAAACGCGAAAAAUUGUCAUUGAAGUUGGAAAGCCUUUUGGCUGACGAACAAGUUGCUAAUUGCCCGGUCCUGAUACUUGGGAAUAAGAUCGAUAAACAAAAUGCGAUUGGUGAAGAUCAAUUGAAGUGGCAUUUAGGAAUUAUGAAUUUAACUACUGGCAAGGGACAAAUUGCGCGUGCUGAUCUAUCAACACGUCCAUUGGAAGUAUUUAUGUGUUCAGUUUUAAGGCGACAGGGUUAUGGUGAAGGGUUCAGAUGGCUGUCACAAUAUUUAGAUUAA